UAUAAUAAACGUUUGUGUGUAUAUCCUUUUGAGAAAACAAGCAAAAUUAGCAAAUGUAUAUCCUCCAGAGCCACAACAAUCAUUCAUUUGAAUUUUCCUUCGACGAACACAUUUCAGUUUCGUUUAGUCCUUUAAACGAGAAGCACGUCGCACCGAUAGACAUAGCCAUCAUAUUUACGGAAAAAAGAAUUUCCAUGAAAUAAAAUCUUUCUUUAUCCGUUACAUAUACACAUACCGGAGACUUUCUGAGAUUGAUUCAAACAAGAAAAUUUAACCGUUGCGUGUUCCGUAAAAAUAGCAUGAUAACUAGUUCGCUGGUAUAAAGUUGGAUAUUGUUUUUGUUUAAUAAAAUUUAUUGAGUGCUAAAAUAAAUUUUUAAUCGGCAAUUAACUUGACAUUUACUUUGAUGCACAGAAUUUAUAAAAUAAACAAAUCAAAAAUCCAAGGUGUUUAUUGAUGUAAACGGUAAAUUACUGUGGUUUGGUUUAUUUUUAACUCUUUUCAAUUGAAUAGAUGAUUUGAACAAUUUGUUUACACAAUUUACUACAAAGUCAGUCAAAAUAUGAAUUUUUUAUUGGAAUAUCUGCUAAAAUAAUGAUGAUAAUAAUGGUGAUGUCGGUGUUAAAAAGUUAAAUCCUUUCGUGUUUCCUUGCACAAGUAUUUUAUUUAGUGAGUAGCUAAAUUUUAUUCAAAAGAUAAAUACCAACAAUUCUACAACGUCGAAAAUAGAGUGGUAACUGUUAACUUGUUACACAUCACACAUUAAACGGAAGAAACUCUAUUGCAGACAUGGGUCAAACCAUAUCUGAUGAAAAAUUGAAUUCUACUUUACUGGAGGACGAUGAUGAGGCUGGAUACACCCCAUACAACAAACGUCCCGAAACAUUCAUCGUACCAGUGUUGUUUGCAUUCAUUUAUAUAGUCGGUGUCUUAGGAAACGGAACGUUGGUUAUCAUAUUUUUAAGGCACCGUUCUAUGCGAAACAUCCCAAAUACCUACAUUUUCUCGUUAGCGUUGGCUGAUUUGCUGGUAAUAUUGGUGUGUGUGCCGACGUCUGGAGUUAUUUAUACCUUUGAAGAGUGGAUAUGGGGUGAAACAAUGUGCAGAAUAACUGAAUUUGGCAAAGAUGUCUUUUACGGUGUUUCGGUUUUCACUUUAACAGCUUUAGCCGCAGAACGAUAUUGUGCCAUCGUUAAUCCAUUAAGGAAAUUGCAGACGAAACCAUUAACGGUUAUCACUGCAAUAUUGAUCUGGGUCUUGGCCGUUGUAUGUGCAACACCAGCCGCCAUUGUUUCGAAUUUGGUUGAUUUACCGGUGAAGAAUAGAACAACGAAUUGGACUAUUGUGACGUGUCAACCGUAUGGUGAUCCCUUACAGGAAUCUACGCCGAUUUAUGCAAAAUAUAAUGUAAUAUGCAAAGCAAUUAUCUACUACAUCCUUCCUUUAUCCAUUAUCGGCGUAUUAUACGUAUUGAUGGCAAGACGAUUACAUGUCAGUGCUCGAGAUAUGCCAGGUGAAAUAGCUGGACCACAGAGCAGAGCACAGGCACGGGCUCGAAGGCACGUCGCACGGAUGGUUGUCACCUUUGUUAUAGUUUUCGUAGUUUGCUUUCUGCCCCAGCACAUAUUCAAUCUGUGGUUUCAUUGUAAUCCUAAUAGUCGAGACGAAUACGAUCACUUUUGGCACAUUUUGCGGAUAGUUGGAUUCAGUUUGAGUUUUCUCAAUUCAUGCGUAAAUCCAAUUGCUUUGUAUUGUGUAUCGGGUGUAUUUCGUCAACAUUUCCAUCGGUAUCUGUGUUGCAAAACGCCGACACCAACGAAACGUUUGGGAAUGUCCACGGCCAGUGGAGCUGACACAACAUAUAUGUCAACCAUAAGACGGAACAAUCAAAGUAACAAUAACACCGUACAGUCACAUAAUGGGGGAUCACCAACGCACAGCAUCGUUAUAGCGGAAAAGAGAUGAGACACGAUUCAGAGUUCAGUUUUGUAGAGAGUGAUGGGUUGUAGCGGAGGUUAUUUAUUGUAAGUAAUUAAUGUAAUUGAUGCAAGAAGAAAAUGGCAUUUUUGCACACAUCACGAAUUUAGUUGAGAGCAUGCUCUAGGAAAUAAUUUAUCCAACACAAUAAAACAAUGCGAAUGUAAGAGGUAAACGGUAUAGUUUUUUCAAGAACAAUUGAUGUUAAUAUAUUCGUGGACGUCGUACACGCAAGGAGCAUUUAAUUAUUCAAAAUUUCACCUCAUAAGAGUAUUUCAGAGUUUUGACGAAUUCUUUCCAAUUGUAAACUUCUUUCACGUUCUUCUGCUUCACAGCACAAAGCUUUUGACAAAAUCCAUUUAGAAUCCAUGAAUUCUGAACGAAAAAUCGUUCGCGUAUUGGAAACAUCGGAGGCAUUAGUUUAAAUAUUCAGAGGUGAAAUUAAAAUCUUAAAAUUGCAGCUAUAUAAGACCACACUAUUGAUUAUUUACAGUGAUGUACUGCAUUUUCAUAUACAUUUACAACCGUUAACCCUAGAGUUGAAGUGGAUUUCUUGUUUUGUACGUAGUAUAGUUCGUGCGUAAAAUUGUGUACAUAACCCGGUAUAAAAAAGGAAAGUCAUAUUUACGAGUGAUUAUUAACCAAUAUUUAGCAUGAUCUUGCUAAACUCAUACCUAGUUAUGUAAUAACUAUUGUCGUCAUUCUCAAUAACGGAUACAUAGCCGUACGUAAAAAGUUAAAAUUGUUAUAGACGUCGCGGAAAACAUUACAACCAAGACUAAUUUAUUUUACUUUUAUCAAUACAAAUACGUCCCUGUUUCAAACUGUUUAUUUUACCAAGUGUUAGAGUUGCAGCCCGAUGAUUAACAUGGAUUAUAUUUAGUUUCUGAAGCUUUUCUAGUUUCCAAAAAAUUGCACAGUGAUUUUCUAAUGAUUUUUUUUCGGUUGACCUUUAUCUGCUCUUCGCUUGUGAUAGACCAGAUCGUGUACGAACGUAAUAAUGAAGAGAAUUGAUUAAAUUUAUCGUUAAUUAAGGUUUAGUAUAAAAUUGUUGUUAAGGUAAGGAUAUAAGCCUAUUAAAAUAGAACGUUGAUGGACCAAAACUCGUGAGGAAUGUUAUACUAACUAAUAUGUGUAUGAGUUACUAAGGCAAUGAAGGCAACUAGGUGUAUUUUGUAUUGGAUGUAACAUAAACGUAAAUCUUAUAACGAUGUGAGAAUCUUAUUAUCCAAAAGGAUAACCAUAACAAACGAAUCAACCUACACGUUUUUCCCUUUUAUAUUUUCUGAGAUCCCGAAGUUUUAGAAUAAUUGGCAGGAUUAGAAAAAAGGUAAGUUACAUUUAUGUAUGUAGAUGAUUAUGCAAAGGAACUUAACGCGUCAAGACGUACAUUGUUAUGUUAAACAUUUUUAAGUUGUGGAUUAUGAAAACAGUAACGCUUAAAAUAUCUACCUUAUCUCGGGAGUACAACGUUAAAUUUUUUAAUGGAAAUGACAGAAAUGGAAAAUUGUUUAUCAUGGUUCGUUUUUCAAUGUUUCGAAGCACUGACAUGGGUAUACAGUAAAUUGGACUUAAAUAUUAGAACGAAUAAGAUAAAUUUGAACGGAAUAUAUUCGGCGUAUCAACUACGUCUACGAAUUUCAAAUAUAUUUUCGAAUGUCAAAAAUAAUUUGAUAUUUUUAUGAAAUUUUUCAAAUACGGUUCGUAACUUAUAUUUUGUGUCCAUGCCAUAGGGUAUACGUAUACAAUACACACAUGUGUAUCUGACAAACUGAAUAUAUUCAAAUCAGAAAGAAUGAAUUUAAAAAAAUUGUAUAAAGAAUGUCACAUCACUACGAUAAAUUAUUCCUUGCAUAAAUAACGUUGCAAUUGAUUUGUAUAAAAAUUAAUUAAUUAUUGUGUAAUUCUGACAGUUUGCAGACGACAAGGCAAGAGUUUCUUCAAUUUCCUGAUUGAAUCUUGUACUUCGUUAUCUUUAACAUCCAUUUUGCUUCAUAUUUGUUAAAGACUAGAUCAAGAUUCAAUAGUUACUACGACCCGAAACUUAUGAUUUAAGAGUCAACUCGCCAAAACUUCGAACAGUCGGGAUUCAAGCCGAUAGCGAUCCAAACGAGCUAUGGCUCAAAUGAAU